CUCUAGCUGUCACCUUUUUUAUAUAGUACUAAGAGAGAUCAAUGUCCGAUCCUCGCCCGCAGGACGCCGAGGAUUCGACAUGGGGUGGCUGCUCUCUCCAUGGCCUCAACAUUAAGGUGAAGGGCCAUCUCCCCGGCGGCGGUGUGCCACCUGCUCCUAGAAUGUCUCCGUAUUUCUGGGGCGAGGAUCCCGUGGGAGGCUUCCCACUGCAGACCGGCUACUCGGAGGCGAGGGCCUUGAUCGGCAAGGGAGCCGUAGCAGAUUUUCGAAGGCUUUCUCGCCAGGCGGAAGACAUGGUGGCGGAGCUGUUUGCAAGCAUCGGCAAGGAGGCGCCAAAAGCGGCGCGGCCCAGGCCCAGGGUGGUGCAGCUGCGGCUGUCCCCAGAGCUCGCGCUGUGGAAAAGUACGCAGCAUGCAAUGGGCAACGUGCUUCCCCCUAAGGGCAAGGGGCUGAACCAAGCGUCGCCGGAGGUGCUUGCCGCACUGGGCGCCGCUGACUGGCCCGAGGCCAUGACAACCAACGACGCCCUGUUCGGGUGCGGCAUCGCGAACCUGCUCAUUGGCGCCGCCGACGUGCGUACCCUCUUCUCCAACUACGUGACGGACAUGGUCUUUUACUACGAGCACGGGUACGACCACGUCUUCCCCUCGCUCCACCGGCUGCUCCACGACGGGCUCGUUGACGACCGGGCGCUGCGCACCCUGGGCGGCCAGGAACGACGCGAGGUCGUCGCGGUCGGCGCGUCCUACAUCCAGGCCAAGAUCGCUCUGGAGGAGGCGCACAGGACGCGCCUCAAAGACUACUCCUCGCAUCUGGACCGUCAGGCAGCUCAGGUCAUCCUCCUGGCUGACAGCAGCAUCCUCGGCAUGGGGGCCGAGGCCACGGCCCGGGGCUUUGACCCCGGCGCCGUCAUGAGUGACCUCGUCUUCAGCAAGCCGGCGACUGACGUGGUUGACGUGGGAAGCGACUUGGUCAACUCGGAGGUGAUCAACUCGUUCCUCAACGUGGCCGACAUCGCCGUCUCGGGCGUCGUGAGCGAGACGGCGCUGCGGGCCAUCUACGACGCCUACGCCGCCACGUGUGCGCGGAUGUUCACCCAGAGAUGGCACGAGCCGUUGGUCCGGAUGUGCGCCACAGGAACGACGUGGCACAUCCAAAACGACCGGCACAUGUUCCUCCGGCGGGCGCUACUGGGAUGGCCCAAGGCCCGCAAGUCGCCAGCGCGGCCGCAGCGCGAGGGCGACUUCGACGAGGUCUUUGACGCCGACUUCCGCACUACCGGCUUCAGCAGGCCACUCGACCCCGAGUACGCCUGCGACGGCGGCGAGGAAACCUGUAACCACGUGCGCCGCUUCCUCGGUCGCCAGGACCGAGACCUGCUAGGCGCCCUCUGGUGGUCCGUCGUCACUGGCCCGCUGGAGUACGUCCGGCAGGGAAAGGUGGACGAGCAGCGUGAGCAGCACCUCGCCGAAUUGUCGCGCCUGCAGAUGGCCCAGCUCUUCUCCAAGGGCCUCGUCCACGAAAUGGCGUGGCUCCUUGCCCAUGCGUGCCACCACGCUUGGCAGGUGAACUACCUGUACGAGGCCGCCAUGUUUGGCAGUCUCCUGGACGGGGGCACAUUGAUAGCCAGGCUCGACCGAGCAGAGGAUGAGACAAGGACAUGAUGAACAUGCUAUGCUGCUGCCGUGAAAAUGCUAUCUUGCAUGCAAUCCCUAGAGACCAAGAUCAAACGUCUUAGAUUAGAUCUUCGUGAAGAGUAUGAUCUUAAAAUAUUUUAUGAAUUAUGUGAGGAACGCGACAUUAUUCAUAAGAGGACACUUCGCUACUCCUUCCAAUCAAAUGGAUUUGUU